UGGACAGCUGGAGUCGCUGCUAUUCUCUCUCGGCCCUUGCACUCCACUGCCGCCGCCGACGAAACUGCUUCCCGGUCCCUCUCGCUGCCGCCGCCGACGACGCAGAAGAUCAGCCGCCAGUCAGCCACCUACCGCUCCCUCCCGGAGUCCCGGUCCCUCUGCCACAGUGCCACCGAAGACAUAGUUGAUAGUUCCCAGCCGAGUUGCUACUACUCUACUAGUGGAAGUUGGUAUAAUAAGCUAAUGGUAGGGUCAUGGCUGCAGAAGAUGAAGUGGUGGGUAGGAAGUCUAAGAAAAGGAAAGAGAGAAACAAUGAUAUGUUAGCUACCAAUCCUAUUCAUAUUGUGGGAGUUGAGGGAGAUAAAAGCUUUGAGGAAGAAAAUUUGAUGAAAAAGAAGAGUGAUAAUGAAGGUGUUGAAAGGAUGAAGAAAAAGAAGAAAAGUGCAGGAGAUAAUAAAGGGGGAACACUUAUGGAGGAUAGUAAUGGGAUUACUGUUGAGAAAGCAAAAAAGAGGGAAAGGAAAAGAGAGGUUGAAAGCAAUAACAAUGAUACUUCAAAUGAUGUUUCUGUAGACAAUGGAGGUGAUGUAAAUUCAACUGCAACUGAGAUACAUGAAAGCAAAAAGAAACACAAAAAGAAGGCAGGAAAAAUCUCUGAUGGUUGCAUUGAGGGUAAAGUGGAGAAGGUUAAAAGGAAGAAGAAAAAGAACAAGAAGAAAAAGGGGGAGGAUAAUAUUAGCCGGAACCAGGUCAAAGAUAGUUGUAAAGAUCCAAAACUGAAAAAUAGCAAGAAGAAAGUGAGAUUUUCCAAUGAGUUGGAGGUAUUUCCCGAGUCUAAUGUUCCUGAGAGUGGGAAUGAUCAAAAUAAAGAAGUAGAGUUGAUUCGAGGUAAGCGGUUCUCUAAAAUAGAAGAUGAGAAAAUUAAAGAAGCCAUUUAUAAGUACAUAGAGGUAUGUAAUUUGGGUGAGGAAGGUUUGGAUAUGGUUUUAAAUAGUAAAUCUCACCCUGAAUUAAAAAACUGUUGGAAGGAAAUAGGAACUGCCAUACCAAAUAGGCCUUACGUUGCAGUCUAUCGUCGUGGUCAAACAAUAUUUCGAAGAUCUGAAAACCGUAAAUGGACUGAAGAAGAAAAAGCUUUGGUACUACAGCACCAGAAAUUACAUGGGAAUGAUUGGAAAUCAAUUGCUAAAGAACUUGGGAGACACAGGUAUCAUGUGAAGGAUACAUGGUGCAGGAUAAGAUUACCCAACAUGAAGACAGGACUCUGGUCUCAGGAUGAGUACCAGAACUUAUUUGAUUUAGUCAACACUGAUCUGCAAUUGAGGAUCGCUGAAGAGAAGAAAUCCAAGCAUGGCAUGCUACGGGAUAACAUCUGUUGGACAGCAAUUAGUGAUAAAUUGUCCACACGUUAUGCUCCAAAUUGUUGUCUGAAGUGGUACAAUCAGUUAACAUCACCUAUGGUAGCUGAAGGUAUAUGGUCUGAUUCUGAUGAUUAUCGCCUAAUUGGUGCACUUUAUAACUUGGAUGAAACCUGCAUAGAAAAUGUGGACUGGGAUAAUCUUGUGGAACAUAGGUCCGGAGAAAUAUGUCUAAAGCGCUGGAAGCGAAUGGUUCUUCACAUAGGGAACCAUGGGAACAAACUCUUUUCAGAACAAGUUGAAGUCCUAGCCCAAAGAUACUGUCCCUCCUUAAUUGAAGUAAGGGAGAUCUGGGAUAGCAAGCCUGUUGUACCUUGAUGAUGUGAAAUGCAUGCAAAUUUACCAUGAAAAGUCUGUCUGGGAAAAAUUGAACCAUUUGUGGCUGAUAUCAAAUUUUCUGUAGUUUCUUAUUGUGUUAUAUAUUCUUCUUGCUGAAGAGCAGUGUAUCAGUGCGUUGAAGCAUGCUUCUUGUUGUUGUUGCCCUUGUUUAAUUUGAUGUAUCUGUAUAUACUAUAUAGUGAUUAAGUAUGUACUCAAUCCUGUUUUGCUUGGGAUCUCUGUAUAUCUUAGAUAUUCAUAAUUCAAUUUCUGCAA